GGAUACAGACACAGAAACGAAUACAACCCAUAACAAAAUCAAACUCAAGACGAAGAAAUCUAAAAAAUCCCGUUCAAAAAAGAUGAGGGCCUACAUACCAAAGGACACACAGAGAAAAUCCCCUGAAGAUUUGCUUAAUAGCGAGGAGAAAAGUAUCCUAAUAGUAGGCAAACCUGGAAUUGGGAAGACAACAGUUGUUCAACAAAUGUUGCAUCACUGGGCAGAGAGACAUGACCCAAACCUUGACUUCAUGUUUUACUUUGAUGAAAACACACUGUCAAAUAUCUCAACUAUAGUUGGCUUAGAACAUCUUCUGCUUAGCAAAGUUUUAAUGUCAAAUCCACAGUUUAAAGAUAAUGUUGAAGAAAUUUUGCACUAUCUUCAAGAAUAUUCUGAAAAAGUCACUAUUGUUUUUGAUGGAAUCAAAGAUUUUCAGGACAACCUGAUUUUGCUGGAAAUCAUGAAACAUGACCUUCUGCCUGAAGCAAAGGUUGUGGCCACAUGCAGGCCUGAAGUAGAGUACGAGUUCUCUGACUGGACAACAUGUAAAGUCUACGUUCACGGAUUCAGUGAAGAGUCAAUUUAUGAUUUUUUUAGGAAAAUGUCAGGUAAUGAUCCAGAGAUAGUAGACAGUGUGAUAAACAAUCCUGCACUCUUCAGUCUCUGCCAUGUCCCUAUGUAUGCUUUUAUGGUGGCAGCCUGCAUUUCAUACUACACUUCUGAAGAAGCACAGAAACAGUGCACAGUUAGUGAGCUGUACAUACGAAUUUUUCGCCACUGUCUACAGAGACAUGGAAAAAAGGAAUUGCUGCACUUAGAUGGACACAUUAUAAAGUGCAAAGACAAGAUCUUAUCUUUAGCAGAGAGUGCUUUCAAUGCAACCAAGUUAAAAACUAUCAACCUGGACUUUUAUUAUGAUGAGACAGGCAUUGCUGGUGCUUUCUUGACGACAGUCUCAGCCGUGUCACCAGCAUUUGCCGAGACAUUUUGUGCAUUUCCUCACAACACAAUGCAGGAAUUCUUUUCUGCUCUCUGGCUUCUAGGAAAAACAGAAAUACUUGAGAUUCUCCAUCAGUGUAAGAAUGAAGACAGUAAGCACAUGAAAUAUGUAAUUCCUUUCCUCUGUGGACUUCAAUCACAGACCAACAUUCCUCUUCUGAAGUGUCUCUUUCCAUUGAACAAUGUCAAGGGAAGUACUCAUGGUUUUUUUGAGAAAGUCUUAAAGACUUUUUUCUGUGAUCAACCAGAUGAUGAAAUUGUUGACGUUGCCUUCAUAUGUCAGUGUCUGUAUGAAUUUAAGUCGCCUGAAGCCUGCUGGUCAUUUCUGGAGAGAAUAAACUAUCAUCUAGAUUUGAGUGAAGAACAUCUUGACCCUUAUGCAUGCUGUGCUGUGUCCUAUGUAAUCAGCCAAUCCAGAAACAAACAUGUUCAUCUUGAUUUGGAGAACAGUGCUGUGUCACUCUCAGGGCUGAAGACAAUUCUCAAACAUUCACAAUAUCUAAGGGAUUUAUCAACAACACUCUGUCAGGUGUGGACAAUUUCCUUGAAACAAGAGCAGUCAGAUUACUUGAUACAGCUCCUGCGUUUACUGGGGUAUGAGAUUCACCUCCUGAUGAGCAGUGAGACUGGUGUGCUUGAGCAAGCUGGAAAAAUCAUAACCCAGAGUGCAGAACAAAUAAAUCUCUAUCUACACUGUCAUAACGACCCACACCAGCUGACACCUGAUCUGUGCGACACAGUGCUCUUGUGGCUGCCACACAUCCGCUCUCUCCAUUUUACACAUAAACAGAGAGAAUCUAUGGACGAGUACCAACAGAAGUUUAGGUCAUUUAAACUGGAUUUAUGGCUACGAGCAUUUCUAUACCAACGAGAAAACAUCUGGACAACAGUGAAUAAAGCAAUGGAAGAUGAGUAUGAAGAACAGAGUGAUUUCCUGCUGGAUCUGUACUCACAUGUGAAGCAGUAUGACAGUGAAACAGGCAGGAGAGUCCUUCCAGAAUUGCUGCCAGUUUACCAGUCAGUUCCUGCAGUCUGGUCCAUAAAGCUCUCAGAGAGAAAAGUCUCCCUCCUCCUAGAAGUGCUGAAACUCCAAACAGAGAAGAAACCAGUGGUGCUGAGAGACUGCUCAGAUGAAGAGAGUGAAGUGAGGAGUUUCCUUCAGUGUCUGCCCUACAUCUCACACCUCAGGUUUAAUGAGUUUGACUCUAAACAGGGAGAGAAAGAACGAGAAGAGAGAUGUAGAACAUUUCUACUGGAUUUGUGUCUGCAAGCAGCUCUACACCAACCACAAAACAUCCUGCAGACAGUGGAGAAAGUGAUCACAUUUACUGAAUAUGGAGACUAUUAUUAUUAUGACAUACAGAGUGAUUUCCUGCUGGAUCUGUACUCACGUGUGAAGCAGUCUGAGAGUGAAACAGGCAGGAGAGUCCUUCCAGCAUUGCUGCCAGUUUACCAGUCAGUUCCUGCAGUCUGGUACAUAAAGCUCUCAGAGAGAAAAGUCUCCCUCCUCCUAGAAGUGCUGAAACUCCAAACAGAGAAGAAACCAGUGGAGCUGAGAGACUGGUCAGAUGAAGAGAGUGAAGUGAGGAGUUUCCUUCAGUGUCUGCCCCACAUCUCACACCUCAGGUUUAAACGGUUUGACUCUAAACAGGGAGAGAAAGAACGAGAAAAGAGAUGUAGAACAUUUCUACUGGAUUUGUGUCUGCAAGCAACUCUACACCAACCACAAAACAUCCUGCAGACAGUGGAGAAAGUGAUCACAUUUUAUUAUGAUGUAAAGAGUGAUUUCCUGCUGGAUCUGUACUCACAUGUGAAGCAGUAUGAGAGUAAAACAGGCAGGAGAGUCCUUCCAGCAUUGCUGCCAGUUUACCAGUCAGGUCCUACAGUCUGGUACAUAAAGCUCUCAGAGAGAAAAGUCUCCCUCCUCCUAGAAGUGCUGAAACUCCAAACAGAGAAGAAACCAGUGGAACUGAUAGACUGGUCAGAUGAAGAGAGUGAAGUGAGGAGUUUCCUUCAGUGUCUGCCCUACAUCUCACACCUCAGGUUUAAUGAGUUUUAUUCAUCCAUCAUCCAGUUUUUACUGAAUCUGAGCAUCGCAGCAGUCGACUGUAAAUCAGAUAAAGGAGAGGGUUUUACUGAGCUUCUGGCAUCAGUGUGCAGCUACAACACAUUCCCUUUUGGUGAAGAGUUUCAUGGAUUCCAAGAAGAACAGAGUGAUUUCCUGCUGGAUCUGUACUCACGUGUGAGGCAGUAUGAGAGUGAAACAGGAAGGAGAGUCCUUCCAGCAUUGCUGCCAGUUUACCAGUCAGUUCCUGCAGUCUGGUACAUAAACCUCUCAGAGAGAAAAGUCUCCCUCCUCCUAGAAGUGCUGAAACUCCAAACAGAGAAGAAACCAGUGGAGCUGAGAGACUGCUCAGAUGAAGAGAGUGAAGUGAGGAGUUUCCUUCAGUGUCUGCCCUAUAUCUCACACCUCAGGUUUAAACGGUUUGAUUCAGACUCUGAAUCCACUGCAUCCAUCCAGUUUUUACUGAAUCUGAGCAUCGCAGCAGUCGACUGUAAAUCAGAUAAAGGAGAGAGUUUUACUGAGCUUCUGGCAUCAGUGUGCAGCUACAACACAUUCCCUUUUGGUGAAGAGUUUCAUGGAUUCCAAGAAGAACAGAGUGAUUUCCUGCUGGAUCUGUACUCACAUGUGAAUCAGUAUGAGAGUGAAACAGGCAGGAGAGUCCUUCCAGCAUUGCUGCCAGUUUACCAGUCAGUUCCUGCAGUCUGGUACAUAGACCUCUCAGAGAGAGAAGUCUCCCUCCUCCUAGAAGUGCUGAAACUCCAAAAAAAGAAGAAACCAGUGGAGCUGAGAUACUGGUCAGAUGAAGAGAGUGAAGUGAGGAGUUUCCUUCAGUGUCUGCCCUACAUCUCACGCCUCAGCUUUAAUGAAUGUGAAGAAGAGUUCAUUCCACGUUUAAGUAAAGCAGUUGUUGACUGCGCAGAAGAUACAAAGUUGGUGAGAGCUUUCUUUGCUGCCGUGGACUUCAUCUUCAUUAUAGACUGGGUUUUAACCACUCGUGAGUGCAGGGCUGUGAGGAAAGUGCUACGUCUCUCAGACUCCAAAGUCAAACUCACCCUGAAACCCCAGGCCAUCUCUCUCCGAGGGGCCAGACUUCUCUUCAGACACAUCACACACCUACAGAAACUCUGCCUGAGUGACCGUGUGGUAGGGAGGAUGGUCCGAGCAUUUGGAGCAGUGAGAGCUGGUGGCUCGUUGGUCAUUGAGGAGCUCUGUCUGAGUCUUAACAGCAUAAACCCAAAGAAAGAGAUCUUCACAUUUCUGAGCAGUUUGUCUUCUCUCCUGAACAUCUGGACUGUUCACUGUGUGAAUCUCACUGAGUGCAGGAUGGAGGCUCACUCUCUCAUCAGCCUCAUGUGUCAUCCUGGGAAUUUAAAGAUCAGAUUAUCGAAAGAGACUCUCCAGCAGUUUACCAGUCUGCUGUGUGAGGUGCAGGAUGGGGAACUGACCCGCUUUUUCCUGGAGAAGGUGGGAGGAGACCUGACUUCCUGUUCUCUCAGUUGGGAGGAGCUUAUCUAUUUUCUCCAGCAGCGAGUUUGCCGCAUUAGUGCGAACAUCAGAAAGAGCAAAAUCACAUAUAAUCAUGCCAGACAGAUUCUUCCUCUACUGUCUGAAAUUCAGUUUAAACGAUUGAACCCCAGUGUUGUGCUGUCAAUCAUCAGAGAGAUCUAUGAGACUGGCUCUGCUCACUGUGUCCCCAAUCUGUUGAGUUCAACACACAGCUGUAUCAACCUGAACAAUACAGAGCUGGACUCUUACCACUGUACUGCCCUGUGCUUCACCCUCCAACACUGUACUUCUGUCUCUCUGAGCCUGCUGUGGACCUCCAUACCAGAGUCGGAGCUGGUGAAAAUUCUGCCUCUGUUCAACAGAGUUUCUCAGCUCAGUGUUGACAGGGUCCUGUUGUUGAAGUUGAUCCACUGCUGCAGUAUCUCUGAGAUCCAGCAGGGGGCAGUAGCAGCAGUUUUCUCUGCUCUGCAGAGCAGACUGGACUUCUCUUGUAGCACUGGUUUGGAUCUGAGCACAGAAACACAGGAUAACACUCUGCAUCUGACCACUGAGGACUGCAGAGACAUCAGCACUGCUAUUCAGCAAUCUCUCCAACGUACAGAGCUCAAUCUAGAGGACUGUGAGAUGGACGACACUGGAGUGGACAUGCUCUUCCUCAUUCUACAUACUGUGAAACUGUGGUGA